CAAUGGCAGGAUACCAGCUCUGGUCACCAUGGACCCCACUAGACGAGAGCUUCCAAUGGCUGCGUCACACAACACCUACACCUUCCUCCAAGCACCCCUUUAGGGCUUCCCCCCGUUUCCCACACACCCCUUCUGACCUUGAAGUGCAGCUAUGCUUUCAGGAGGUUACUCUAGUCCUUGACAGCCCAUUCCUGGAAACUGGAGUGAGUCCCAAGUUACCCUGCCACAUGUCAGACCUCCAAACCAUGAACAACAAGAAAGGACUGGUCAGGAAACCCAAGCCUGUCCGCCUCAAUGGAGUGGAUUCUGUCUUUGGCAGGGUCAUCACGGCUCAGCCACCAAAGUGGACUGGAACCUUCAGAGUUUCAGACAAGUCAGCCUUUUGCAAAAUCAUCGGCAGGGAGCACCAGUGGCCCACUGGACUUAAGGAGCCUCAGAUUCAGAUGACAGUGACUAUGUGCAAACAGAUGCUGCGCUCUAUCCUCUUGCUGUAUGCAACGUACAAAAAGUGCACCUUUGCCUUGCAACACUCCAAGUAAAGGCUCCCCAUCUGUUCCCCAGUUCUUCACACCAUGUCCUUUGUGCCUUGGUGACUGAUCACCAAGUAAAAGCAAGUAUAUACUCACUUCUCUCUACUACCAUACUUCGCACAACUUACCAAGCAAAAAGCCCAUGAAAGAUCUGCAGUAGCCUCUGACAGCAAGAAGAUAUUAUGUGGUACUCUUGAACUUUGACUGCUGGUCUAUCAACUACACCAUGAUUCUCAGCAGCUAAACACUAAAAAGGAAAAUAAUUUUAGGA